AUGACGCUUCAGCAAGGUCGACCUCGAACAAAAGGCGCCUCUCACUUCGAGCCUGAUAUUAUAUUCGAAUCAUGGAACAAAGGUGAGAAGUAUUUGCCGGAGGAUGACGACCUGAGGUCCUCCAUCAUCGCUACAUUCAAUCUGCCCUACAAUGACAGCUAUGUCUACCACGCUACAGCCAGCGUAACCCUCUCGCAAGUACAAGAGGCCAUCAAUCACGGUGGAAAAGCUGGUUUACACGCGUGGUAUAUGGAUGACGAAGGGAAGCCACUAGCGCCUCCUCCUUCAGCAGAUGUCUCAGCUUAUACAUCCAUCUUCGCCCCAAAUACGGCCACAAUGAAGCUCCUCACCGGCUUCGCAGCCAAUGCAAAGAAGGGUUCGAUACGCUCGAAAGUCGCUUUACAUCUACAAUCCCUGCGGGUACUGCCCCCAAAUAUGACAAUACCAAAAUCGAAAAACCACAUAAACCCCUACUACGACUUCUGGAGCUGGUCUUGCCAAAAUUUGGAAUGGGUAGGACCCGAAGGUGGGACCGAGAAUAUAAUGACAAGCCACCACAUUCUCCCGAUCUUCAUGCAUCAUUUCGGGUGUGUGGUACCCAGCUAUGAGAGCCUGGAAGUCAUCAAACAACUAGCGGGUCAGCGAGCGGUGGUAGAGAUCGGAAGUGGCAAUGGCUACUGGACCUACAUGCUGCGGCGGAUGAGCGUCAAUGUGCACGCGGUGGACAAUCUGCAGAGCGAAUAUCGGACACUGUGGAUAGGUGAUACGUUGAUCAAAGACGGCGAGAAAUACUUGAAAGAUGAGAAAGGUUGCAAAGACGCUGUAAUACUUCUAGUGUAUCCGAUUGUCAGCUCGGACUUCACUUCUAGAGUCCUCGAUGCCUACAAAGGAGACACGGUAUGUGUUGCAGGGACACAAAACCGAAGUGGGUACACAGCAUUCAAGGACAGGACGAUUGAUGAGCAUAUGAAAGUGGAGAAAGCGGACUAUGAGAAGAUCAUGCAAAUCCCUCUCCCCUCGUUUCCUGGCAAGGAUGAGGCACUCUAUAUAUUUGAGCGCCAGAAACCCUAG